CUCGACACGUCUCGACACUUAUCACCCAUCGUGCCGUGUCUGCAUAUCAAACGGCCAAAGUCCAACAGUUUGAUGUUCGCUUAUCACUAGUAUCUGCCCAAGAGUAUUGCUUUUGUUUGCACAACUCUUGGUCAGGCUGUCCCUGAACCUAUGGGUCUGCUUAUCAAUACCCCAGAUCGCCCUCACACUCAACUUUGUCGGAUAACCCAAACUCUGAAUCCUCGUAUCCGUUGAUCGUCCACAAUGUCGACCGACAAAGACGCCGCCACCCGGCCAGCCCUGCCGGUCCAACUCCACGCCGCAACACGAGACAAGCACCAUGCUCUCAACGUCGAUGUGUUGGCUCACCUACCCCAGUCCCUCCCACCAAUUGCAUCGAACUCACUGCCAUACGCCACAGGAAUGGUAGUGUUCGGCCAGGUGUAUUUUGCUUUUGAAGAUCAGAUGCAAGAGACACUGCGACGCGACGAAACACCAGAGACCACUCGCGACAUUUACCAACACAUAUUCUUCCCACGACUGCUCAGAACGGCGCGUCUGCGCGCUGAUAUUGAUGCCUUAAAAUCCAAGUUUGGGCCCCAUACCGAGGAAGGUCUUAUCUCUCUGGGCGAACAAUCCAAGCGCUUCUAUGACCAAGUUAGAAGAACUCUGAAUGACAAGCCACACGUCAUCCUCGCGUAUGCGUGGACAAUGUAUCUCGCGUUGUUCAACGGUGGACGUUGGAUCCGGAAGCAACUGGCGACGCCCGGUUAUGACUUCUGGCAAGGCGACUCGGCAUUAUCCUUUUGGGACUUCAACGAUGGAGACAAUACGGAAAGCGAUGAAGCCCUCAAGCUGGCGUUCAAGGAUGGAUUCAGCACAGCGGCCGACUUUCUGAGUGACGAGGAGAAAGACGACGUUAUUGAAGGGUCCAAGGCUCUCUUCGACUUGUGCAGGGAGAUGAUUGCGUUCUUGGACACUGUUACCAAAACGCAUGAAAGUCUCCGACCGUUCGAUGCUAGGCCCGUCGCGCAGUCUUGGUGGCCGUCAUAUACGAUGGUCGGCAACUCUAUCGUCGCACCUGUUUGGAACAACAUUGCAUCCGGCGUUUCAUCGAUUCGUCAAACAGCUGCUUCUGCGUGGGUCAGGAAAGAAGUCAGCUCCGAAUGA